UAUGGCAGUGCAUUGCGAGGAGCACGGACAGGGAGGUAUAAUGGUAUCGUGAGCCUGCUUCUCAGUGCAGGAGCAAAAGAUGAUGAAGACAGACGAAUUUGCCAAAUAGCAACGUCAGAGUCAAGUAAUGCAUUUUCGCUGAUUAGGAGUUGUCCAGAAUGAAAUGAGGUCUGAGGGGUACAGCAAUCUUAAGCAGAAGACAUGGCCCUUCUCUAUCGAACCCCGAAAGUCCGCAAAAUUAAGAGAAAUGGGUUUGUUGAAGAUAGAAUACCAGCGAGGAGCUGGUCAUCCACGAGACGCGGAUCUCCUGAUGGAUCACCCCGACGGGCUUUAUUUUACUUCACGAGACCCGCUCCAGUACACUAACAAUCCAAGCGCAAUGGUCCUCAACACAGUAUCCCGGUUCAAAACACUGGUAUAUAUCUCCAGCAACUUUAUAUCACCGACUGACCACCCCCGACUCGAUAUCUCUUACACACUGCGCCGUAAUCUCUGCCAUCCCAUUCGACCUCGCAACCUGGUUACAAAGUCGACAAUAAAUCCCUACCCCGUCCGGGGAAUCACUACAAGCAUUAUACACCUCCUUGUCCACAAUUCAGCAGUGUAUCAACCUCCCAUCCCUCUCCCAGCCAACAACAUGUUGCUCAGAAUAGCAUUCCCAGCCAAACCCCACGUCCAUGCCAAGGCAUCGACGAACAGGACACCGGAUCGACGGUCGCCAUCGCAACUAUGAUUUCGGGCCCCAUUGUGAGACAUGGAAGACUGCUGAUGUUUCGGGAUUAGGUUUUUUGGUGGAGAUGGGUUUGGCCGGA